CUCACUGAUAUAUCACUACUCCAGGCACUACCAUGUCUUAUUUAGAAAUGGUUUUCAUUCUCUACUGCUUUACCUAAAGCAAAAUCCCAACCCCUCUCAUAAAACCAAAUCCCACCCAAGUCCUAACAUGUUGGUACAACAUUCAAACACUUAAACCACAUACACACUACUACUCCAAACCCCAUUCAGCCAUAUUCCCAUAGCCACAAAUCCCAAACCCAUCUCAAGUUCUCCAACAAAAACCUCAAAUCCAUCCACCCAACACCACAAGGCACCAAACGAUCAACCAAUCUCCCCCUCCACACUACCAAUCACCAACACCGCAAGAACCACCGCCACACAUUUAUUUAUAAGGAUCAAAGCCAAGAUCAAGAGCAAGAUCAAAGCAAGCGGUUGCACUAGUGAGGAAGGUAGCGAAAGGGGAAGAAGAUCGGAGGAGGGGCCAUGGGCAGCGCCGGCAAGAUCGUGCGCACGGCGCUGCACGCCUUCUUCCGGCACUACCACCCGGCGUCCUCGGCGGCGUCGCUCCUCGCGCUGCCGUUCUCCGCCGCGGCGCUGCUCUCGCGCUCCCACCCGGCGCUGCUCGCGCCGUCGCACUUCCUCUCGCGCCGCCUCCGCCGGGUCCUCGUCGCCGCGGGGUUCCCGCCGGCGUCCCAGCUGCUCUUCCUCCUCAGCCACCGCCUCUCCCAGCGCGCCUGCGCGUUCCUCGCCGCGCUGCCGUUCUCGCUCUCGUUCCUGCUCCUCGCCAAGGCCUGCGCCGUGCAUUGCUGCUCGGCGCCGCCGCCGUUGCAGCGGCGCCGGCGCGAGCGGCCGUCGGACGCCGUCGUCCAGGUAGUGCAAGCGUCGUACCCGGCGAUGGUGCGGACGCAGCUCGUGAACUGCCUCGCGCUGCUGCUCGCCAACGCGGGAGUCUUCGCCGCGCUGCUAGCCGCGUUCAACGCCGCCGAGGCGCUGCAGGUCCUGGGCGCUCCCUCCGGCUCCGGGUCCUACGGCGGCAGCGGCAGGGCCGUGCUCGCGCUCUCGGCGGCCGGCGUGAUCGUCUACUCGGUGGCGCUGGCCAACGCGUCAGCGGUGUGCAACCUGGCCACGAUCGUCGCGGCCGCCGAGGGCCGGGGCGGCUCGCACGCCAUGCUCAAGGCGCUCCUGAUGCUGCUCCGUGCCGGCGACGCCGCCACCGCCGUCGCCGCGUCCCUGCCGGCCAGCCUCGCCGCCGCCGCCAUCGAGGCGCUGUUCGAGCUCAGGGUGAUGCGGCCGUACACGCUCACCGGCAAGGUGACGCCGGGGAUGCUCUGCGAGGGGCUCCUCGUCGCCUACAUCCACGCCAUGAUCUGUGUCCUCGACACGGUCAUCACCAGCAUGGUCUACCAGACCUGCAAGGCCAGCCAUUCUUGCCACCUCUUGGAGCUGGAGCUGGAUGGCAAGGAGGACUUGAGAGUCUGAUUUUUUCCCCCUGCAAUUUUAAUUGCUAGAACAUAGAGGUCAGACAUCUCAUAAUGGCGAUGCUUAUCGAUAAAAAUCUUUGAUUUUUUGUUUCCUCUUUCUGUCCUUUCUCUUGAUCUUUACAAGGGUUAUUAACUGCUGGUUCUGGGGACAUAGGUGCUGUUAGUUAGUGUUAGGACGAGCAUCAUCAGGUCCAUCAGAUUGGUAAGAGAGACAUUUGUAAAUAACUAAAGCAGAAGGGUCUAUAAGACUUCAUAUAAAUAAUUAAUAGCUUUCCAUAUACAAUUGGGUUA